AACUCUAUUCGCUUCAACCGUUCCAGAUGCUUCUUCCAUCGGCAAGUCAUUGGGCUCGCGCGGCGUGGCUGCUGGCCGUGGUCUGGGCUUGUGACGUCGGCCACUACCCUUCCAGUCCAUCAGGGGACUGCUCACCGUGUAGCUAUGGCACGUGGAAUGAUGGGUCGCUUGAGCAAUGUCAGUUCCCAGUGUCUUGUGGACCGGGAUCGGAGCCAGCGGGGUAUGCUGCGAACGCAACGGAUUGUUUGUUGUGUGUAGCGGGCUACUUUCAUGACGCUACUGGCACAUCGCUGUGCCAGCCCAUGCGUUGCCCACCUGGUUCAGCUAGCACUGUACUGGGAGCCACAGAUGCGACCAAGUCGUGUUCCCUGUGCGCUGAACGUUCUAGUGGUGAAGGCGGCAGUAGUCGUUGCAUGCCGUGUCCAACCAACUCGUAUGCCCCAGCGGGGUCGACUGAGUGUGCGCCGCUGAAAUGUGCUCCUGGAGCUAUUCCCAACACAGAGCCGACCUCUGUUUCGGACUGCACACCAUGUGCUCGUGGAACUUUUCCAAAUGGCACCGCUGAGUGCGCGUUGUUACAGUGCCCUGCGGGAUAUCAGCCCCGAGUGCCUGCCACGACUGUUUCGGAUUGUGAGCCGUGUGCUCUAGGCACGUUCUCUCCUGGCGGUGCGAACGCUUGUGCACCUACAACGUGCUCACCAGGGUCAGUCGCAACGGCAUUGGCUACCGAUGCCUUGUCGUCUUGUCAUCGAUGCCCAAACGGGACCGUCUCAAGUGUGGACAACAAGUGCACCCCUUGUGCUGCCGGCACGUAUGCAGCCGGUGACACCUGUUUGCCUGCGAAGUGUCCUCCUGGCACGUAUGCACCUGCUCUGAGCGCGGAUCCAACUACCAGUUGUGUCGAGUGUGCACGAGGCACAUUUGCAGCGGGGGGUGGAGCUACGACUUGUACUUCGUUCACUUGUCCUGCGGGGUAUGAGCCCACUGCUCUGGCCGCAAAUGCAGCUGCAUGCGCCUCUUGUCCCCUCGGCUGGUAUUCCAAUGAAAAUACGUCGUUGCCAUGUCGACCAGCGUCGUGUCCGCUUCGACAUCAAGCUAAAAAACACGCUGCAUCUGCCACCGAUUGUGAAGCAUGUCCGCCAACGCAAAAUUCCGUCGGGGGUGCAGCACUCUGCGGAGCCCCAAAUUGCACCGCGGGUUCCGCUCCAACUUUAGAUGGCACGACGUGCACGCCGUGCCCGCUCGGAACUUUUAGCCCUGGUGAAGGGUCUCCGUGCGAGCCCAUGCAAUGCACCCCCAGUUCCUUGCCCCGUGAUGGUGCUGGGUCCGCAUUUGACUGCAUCCUUUGUCAAGACGGAUGGACUAACGAAGGUGGCGCGGCUCUCACUUGCAAUUUGUGUAACCAUGGGGAAUUCCGCAAUUCAUCGAUGCCAGCGUGUGCACCGGCGAACUGCGACGAUGGAUGGGAAGCCACGCUUGGCGCAACUCACAGUCGUGAUUGUACCAUCUGCCCCCAAGGCACGUAUGGCCAACACAAUCGCUGUGAACCCACCACUUGUGCGCGUCAUACGUCCAGUCCCAAGGGCGCGGUGGACCCUGCAGCCAACUGCGAAGCUUGCGCACCCGGAUACCUCUCUGCAGGCGGCCAAGCACCAUGCGAGCCGGCAACUUGCACGCCUGGCUCUGCAUGGGAAAGUGACCUGGAUGACUGUGUCUUGUGUCCAGCUGGAACAUUCGGACGAGGCGAAGCCACGUUGUGUGAGCCCAUGCAGUGUCAACCUGGCUUUAGCUCAACGGCUUUGGGUGCCACGCACCCGUCGAACACUUGCACCCAGUGUGCACCUGGGUGGUACGGCUUAGGAAACGGGGCGGCAUGUGAAUUGGUCAACUGCGCUCCUGGUACCAUCGCCAAGGAUGGACCGACUGUAGCCAUUGACGAGUGCGUGCCAUGUCAUCCUGGUUCGUACUCCAUUGGCGGAGAAAACGCCUUGAGCUGUACAGCGUGCCCAGAAGGAACUUACUCAUCAGACGGUGAAGCCAACUGCCAUCCUACGGAAUGCAUGGCGGGGUGGAGCUACCACGUGAACGCCACAUCCGCCACCGAUUGCGGUCCGUGCGACGUUGGGUUCACUUCCAACGGCGGGUCGUCCCCUUGCUUUCCAAUCGCGUGUCCUCCUGGUGAGUACGCUACUGAAAGCUCUGCGGAAUGUACAACAUGCCCACCUGGCACGUAUUCGGAUGGGGACUCAAUUUGCAAACCCACCACGUGUCCACCUGGCUCUGGUGCCGUCGUGGGGGCCACCCAUCCCACCGACGACUGCGAAGUGUGUGGUCCUGGUGAAUUCAGUCUCGGCGACGAUCAACCAUGCGCACCCACGGCGUGUCCUGUUGGCACUGCCUCGAACGUGGAAGGGUCCAAUCUUCAAAAGGGCCUCUGUUUGCCAUGUCCAGAGGGCUACUUUAGUGCUGGAGGCGCGGAUCAGUGCAAGCAAGCCCAAUGCCCUGCUGGCGCAUUUUUCCCGGUUGGGGCUAAGGACUCGUUGGCGAGCUGUGAAGUAUGCAGGGCGGGCACGUACAGCGACGGAACUACGAUGGGUCCGUGUCUCAAUACAACUUGUCCACCAAGCUCAGCAUCGCCAUUGGGGGCAGUUGACCCCAUCGCCCAGUGCCAAACAUGUGCGCUGGGGAAGUACAGUCAAGGUGGCACGGCUCCGUGUGAAGCCACCAAUUGUCGCCCUGGAUUUGAGCCUGUGUUAAACAUGACAUCAGCAUCAGAGGAAUGCGCGCCAUGUGGCCCUGGAACUUUCUCGGAAGGGGGAACGGACCUGUGCCGACCUAUGGCCUGUGCCCCUGGCACUGAAUCAAACGCCUCACAAGCCAUGCAUCCUACCAAAACAUGCACUGGAUGCGCCUAUGGCUGGUUCAGUGCUGGAGGUGCAGCUCAGUGUGCCAUGAUGGAAUGUUCUCCUGGUACAGCGUCGAACAUGACCAACCCCUCCGAAGGUGCAACGGAUGCUAAAUCGGCAUGUACUACAUGCCCCGUGGGGUAUUUCAGCGGUGGUCAGGAUGGUGCAUGUGCACCUACCACUUGUGCACCAGGCACAGCUGCGCCACUUGGGGCCACAGAUGCAGUUGCUGAUUGCGUUAUUUGCGACGCUGGCAAAUUCAGUCCUGGGGGAAUCGUUCCGUGUGCACCUACGACUUGCCCCGCUGGCUCUGCUGCGUCUGCGCAAGCUACGAGCGCCACAGCCAACUGCACGCAGUGCGUCGCUGGGACAUUCUCGGAAGGUGGCACCGACUCUUGCAACCACCAAACAUCGUGUCCCCAAGGCUAUGCAUCGCCUGCCGGCGCAUCCACUGCUCAAGGACAAUGUGCCUUGUGUUUGCCUGGGUGGUUCAGCCCUGGACAAGACCAACCAUGCACUAAAUUGACCUGUCCUGACGGCCAAGGGGUUGCUGAAGGCACCAUCGAGUGCGUCGACUGUCUUGCGGGAUUCUAUGGCAACGACGCCGUCUGUAAGCCCAUGACUUGUCCUCUUGGUACGGCCUCCAGUGCGGUCGCUGCCACGUCGCCCUCUGCCACCUGCGAGUUGUGUGAACCCGGAAAAUUCUCUGCUGGUGGAGUCCACAAGUGCCGCCCGACCCAUUGCCCCCCUGGGAGCGCAUCCCCAGCUGGGGCUGAUGUGCCAACUGGUCAAUGCUCGUGGUGCCCCAAUGGCCAUUUCUCACCAGGGGGCUCGGAUCCUUGCGCGCCUUCGAUGUGUCCUCCUGGGACGGCCAUGCCGACUGGCGCAGCUUCUGUCGACGACUGCUUUCCAUGCGCUGAAGGGUACUACUCCCCCGGUCACUCCACGUCGUGCAUUGCGUGCACAUGCGAAGACCCAACCCAGACCUGCUUCCACGGCGCCAACGAGUGCCAAACGUGCCCGAACCCGUCGUCGGUGUGGCGCGCCGACACAAAGACCUGUGUUGGACGAACAAGCGAGAACUUGGACGGAAUUGCCGUCCAUACCAAAGCCACAGUCGUGGGUCUACCACCGUCUCUCUGGAGCCCGUCGUUGACUCAAGCGUGGGUCGCAGCCGUCAGCAGUGCCGUUCCGGCAGCGAAGACCACCCUGGCGUCUAUUGAAGCAGCCACUUCUUCCACCGACCCACGUGGCGCCGUGACACUAGUCUUUGUCACGACUGUCCCGACUGCCGACGACGCAUUGACCCUUCGAGAAAUGUACGAGUCGAAGGCUUGGUUGGCGUCGUUGGUCGGUUCGGAUGCAUAUCGCAACCGCAUCUCAGCGGUGGUGGCUGAAGAUAUCACACCGAAAGUCCUGGUGUCGUUGACUCAAAAGGACAUGGAGGUCGCGUCCGGUCGGGUUGGCAACGUGGCCGUCGCAGCCAUGGCUUGCGUCGGUGUCAUAGCAGCUGUGCUCGUAGCUGUUGUGUUGGUCCGCCGACACCAACAAAACGUUGUGGACGACGUGGCGUGUGAGUCUGCGUCUGCGGUGGCGAUUGUGACUGCUGCUCUUUAAGUUGCAUGUUAACCCAGACAAAAGACACUGCAUUUUCGAAGUAACCAUAUCAUAAGAGCCUUGCAUGAAUGACGCAAA